UUUGGUUAGGUUCGGUAUUCGAAGCAAAACAAAUGUCGCAUGUUCUGAUUACUAGCGGAAGUUAUAAUUUUGUUUAUUUUCAAAAAUAUAGAAGACAAAUUUCAAUUUUGUUACAAUAACAAAAUGGGUAAAAAAAAUAAAAGUAAAAAAAUUAGCGGCAUAGAAAAAACAGCUCUUAAAACAGAAAAGAAACUUAAUUCUAAAAGAAAAAAAGAACUUUCUGAAGCCGGCGAGGACGACAUUGAGAAAAUAGUAGCCAACAUUGAAAAGGAAGAAGCCAAACGCAAUCGAGUUACAGAAUGUGUUAUUGCACCUCCUUCUCGACGACUAAACUUCACAUUAUCCGUGCAUCCAUUCAAAGAUGAGUUGAUUAUGUUCGGAGGUGAAUUUCACGAUGGCCAAAAAACUAUUGUUUACAACGAUUUAUUUUUUUAUAAUUUAAGUAAAAGAGAAUGGUCCGUUACAAAAGCACCAGGUGCACCACCUCCGAGGUGUGGUCACCAGGCGGCAAUUGUUCCAUCCGCUAAAGGAGAUUUAUGGAUUUUUGGUGGCGAAUACACGAGUCAAUCAGAGUCACAGUUUUAUCACUAUCGGGACUUGUGGGUUUACCGUCUAGGAGAAAAGAAGUGGGAAAAGAUAACAGCGUCUGGUGGUCCAUCAGCAAGAAGUGGUCACAGAAUGGCUUACAUGAAAAAACAGUUAUUCAUAUUUGGUGGAUUUCACGAUAAUCUGAGGGAUUACAAAUAUUUUAAUGAUGUUCACAUCUUCGACCUAAGUAGUUAUACGUGGAGCAAAAUAGAAGUAUCGGGAAAUGCACCUGCUCCAAGAUCUGGAUGUAUUGUGCUUCCAACUUCUGAUAAUAAACUUCUCGUUUAUGGCGGUUACAGUAAGCAGCGAAUAAAAAAAGAUGUUGAUAAAGGCCAGGUUCAUACAGACAUGUUUGUCUUGAAUCCAGAUAAAAACGAUGUGACGGGAGUAAAAUGGAAAUGGACGUUAGUAAACCAAGGAGGGAUUAAACCAUCACCUCGUUGUAGUUCAACAGCAAUUUUAGUUCAGCCAAAUUUGGCAUACUUAUUUGGAGGCGUUUAUGAUGACGAUGAUAAUGAAGAGGACCUCAAUGGGAUAUUUUUCAACGAUUUAUUUGCAUUAAAUUUAGAAAAAUAUCAAUGGCAUAAAGUUACAGUAAGUCAAAAGCUUGAACAGGAGGAUCGGAAAAAGAGAAGGAAAGAGAAAGGAAUUGAUGACGAUGAAGAAUCGAUGGUUGUUGAGGAAGAGGCCGUUGAAGAAAAAGUUACUACAACAGAUGACGACGGUAUUUUUACGAUGACUGUCGGUCCAGCUCCAAAAACUUCCAGUGCUGUGUUGGAAGAAGUAAAAGUCGGUACAUUUACUCCAUGUCCAAGAAUUAAUCCAGGUCUAGCAGUGAAACACAAUAUUCUAUACUUAUAUGGAGGAAUGUUCGAAAAUGGAAGCAGGCAAUACACUUUCAACGACUUUUAUUCUCUUGAUUGUAAAAAACUCGAUCAAUGGACAACUAUUAUGAAAGAUGACUUAUCAUCUCUAGAGUGGCUCGGAAGUUCAAGUUCCGAAGAUGAGGGAAGUACUGACGAAUCUGACACUUCAAGUGAUGAAGAAAGUCCUGAUGAAAUGGAUGUUGACAAAGCAUAAGAAUAAAAGUAUGAUGAAAUUGAUGGAAAUUUUGGAUGUAUAAUUCAUAUUCUGUUAUGUAAUUUCAAAUGAAACAUUUUUUUAUAAAUGCAAGAACAAUUUGUACAAAUUCAAAUUAAAAUGCCUUUUGAAUCAAUUUGUAAAA